AUGGAAGAUGCCUAUUAUGAUGCGCGUGAAAUUAAUGGCUUGAGUGAGCUAACCAUAUCAGAAUAUGGGCAAAAACAAAUGCGGUUCAAUAAACAACAACAACAGCAGCGCCAACCACAAUCACAACACCAGCAACAAUUACAGCAGAAUUCUUUGCUGACCACUCAUAAUUUACCAAAAAGUAGUUUUAGAGGCAACAUCAAAUACUCACAAAAUAAUGGCAAUACUUACUCGGAUGGCGGUAAUAAAUAUAGUAACAGCAAUAACAACAACAACAACAACCAUAAUUAUCAAUAUAAGAGCAAUAGCAGUAGUAGCAAUAAGAAUAAGAAUAACAUUGGUUAUAGUAUAUCAAAUCAAAUUGGUGGCACCAACGAUCGCAGCUUGAAUAGUCGAAAUCACAGCAACAAUAGCAAUAGCCACAGCCACAACAAUAAUGCACAGAGUAAGCAUAGUAGAAAUAAAAGCACAUCAACCAAUGCCAAUAAUCUGGAUAACGAUGAACUUAAAGACUACAAGAGUAAAAUCAAAAAUAAAUACAACAUCGACUAUGACCAUUCGCUGGAUGAUGAGUAUGAAAUAAUCGAGGCCAUCGAAUAA